AUGUGGACACACAUUGUAAGUUACUUUGAUGGAAAGCAGAACGGCAAGACAAAGUUCAUCAAUACGAGCAUCACGUACGACAAGCUGCAGCGUGCAAGGUCCCAGUCUGGCUCAGACAUUGAAGGACUUUCGGAUAACAUGUUCAACCUGUGGGAGCCCUUUGAGACCUUUGGUGCUACGGUCGAUGACUUUCAGAUGAGCCGGUUUUAA